AUGCAUCUAAUCAAGCCAUCUUGGCUGAGCCACAGCGGCGAACAAAAAGACUUUGAGGUCUACAGCUGCCACGUCUCGCCCGAUGGCAAAAGACUGGCCACGGCCGGCGGCGAUGGCCACGUCCGCGUCUGGUCCACCGAGGCCAUCUACAACUCCAACAACGCCUCCUACACCGAGCCGCGCCAGCUCUGCCACAUGAGCCACCACCUCGGCACCAUCCACUCCGUCCGCUUCUCGCCCAACGGCCGCUACCUCGCCUCCGGCGCCGACGACAAGAUCAUUUGCAUCUACCGCCUCGAGGCGUCUGCCCCCUCCCACACCGCCUCCUUCGGCACGAACGAGCCGCCGCCCGUCGAGAACUGGAAGACCUACAAGCGCCUCAUUGGCCACGAGAACGACGUCCAGGACCUGGCGUGGUCGCACGAUUCGUCCAUUCUCGUGUCGGUCGGCCUCGACUCCAAGGUCGUUGUCUGGUCGGGCCACACGUUCGAGAAGCUCAAGACCCUGUCGGUGCAUCAGAGCCAUGUCAAAGGCGCCACGUUCGAUCCGGCCAACAAGUUCUUCGCGACGGCCAGCGACGACCGCACCAUCAAGAUCUUCAAGUUCACGCCGCCGCCGCCCAACGCCACCCAACACGACCUGCUCAACAACUUUGUCCUCGAGACCACCAUCAGCGCCCCCUUCAAGAGCUCGCCACUCACCACCUACUUUCGGCGCUGCUCCUGGUCGCCCGACGGCAACCACAUCGCUGCCCCCAACGCCGUCAACGGCCCUGUCAGCUCCGUCGCCAUCAUCGAGCGCACGCGCUGGGACAGCGAGAUCAACCUCAUCGGCCACGAGGGUCCCACCGAAGUCUGCAUGUUCUCGCCGCGCCUCUUUUACACCAAGAAGCCGACGCCCAGCGGAGAGUCAUCCAACGGUCUGAGCAAUGGCAAUGGCAACAACAGCGCGGCGCGCGAGGGCGAGAGCCUGGUCACGGUGAUCGCUUCGGCCGGCCAGGACAAGACGCUCAGCAUCUGGAACACGAAUACGUCGCGGCCCCUCGUCAUCCUCCAGGACAUCGCCUCCAAGUCCAUCUCCGACCUCGCCUGGACCCCCGACGGCCAGACGGUCUUCGCCUCCAGUCUCGACGGCAGCAUCGUCGUCGCCAAGUUUGAAGAGGGCGAGCUCGGCUGGGUCGCCCAGUCCGAGGAGACCGACAAGGCCCUGCAAAAGUUCGGCGCCUCCCGCAAAGGCAUGGGCAUCGCCGAGGACGUCGACGGCCUGCAUCUCGAGGCCCACAGCAAGGCCGGCGAGCUGCGCGGCGCCGAAUCACGCAUGGGCGCGCUCAUGGGCGACGCCAGCGGGGCCAGCGGGGCCAGCACACCCCAGCCGGGCGCCGCGACAACAAACGGGACGCCGCCCAAGACCAAGUCUGGGAGUGACGCGAACGCUAACGCGAACGCAAACGGCGAUGCGAAGGACGGCAAAGACGGCAAAGACGGCAAAGACGGCAAAGACGACAAGGACAAGACAGACGCUGCUACACCCGCCGCAACAGAACCCAAGUCCGCAGAGGAAGAGACGGCAGAGAAGCGCGCCGAGCGAAUACAAACACUGAAAUCGCGUGUGACCAUUACGAAAGACGGCAAGAAGCGCGUCGCACCUCUCCUCGUCUCGUCGUCCGGCACCGGCCAGUCCUCGCUGCCGCAGUCGCAGCUUGUCGGCACAACAAGUACAGGGAAACCCAGUCAAGCCGACACUCCCCAGACCAUUCUCGACCUGUCACGGCCGGUGGACGGACUGCCGAGUGGUGGCAUCGCGUCCAUGCUGCUGGGCACGAAGCGGAAAGCCGCCGUGGUUCUGGAAGGCGACGAUGACGCGACCGACCCGUCUGCUAAGCGCUCGAGCGGGUUGACAGGCGCUGCUGGAGCGACGCCGACCGGGCCAACACCCAUCCUCACCAACGGCAUUGAAGGCACAGAGCCGGCCACGUUGCAAGCUGCGCCACGCGGCAUCGUACCGACACCUGAGUUCAUCCGACCUGCCGUCAUCAGCCCAGCCCUGUCCAUCUCCCAGGUGCGGCUUGGUAUCCCCAAAGUGCGCGCCCACAUCCUGCGGCCCCUCGAAAAGGGCGUGCUGCAGGGCGAGAGCACCCCCGAUGAGGCGUCGCGCAUCUCGGAAAACCUCGUCUUCGAGGCCCGCAACCCGGACCAGUACCGCGACCCGUCCCACAUUACCGUGACCAAACGCGGCGAGCUCGUGUGGCAGGACUUUUUGCCCAAGGCCGUGCUCCUGGUGACGGGCAACAAGCACUUUUGGGCUGCCGCCUGCGAGGACGGCACCGUCUAUAUCUGGACGCCCGCCGGCCGCCGGCUCAUCAACGCCAUGAUUCUCGAGGCACAGCCUGUGAUUGUCGAGUGCCGCGAGCACUGGCUGCUCUGUGUGACUGCCGUUGGACUCGCGUAUGUGUGGAACGUCCGGACCAUGCAAUCACCACACCCGCCUGUGUCGUUGGCGCCGAUCCUGGACAUUGCCAUCCACUCGCUGCACCAACACUCGGCCACCGCAGGGCCCGGCGUGACGUCGGCCCACCUGAACUCAAAUGGCCACAUUGUGGUCACCCUCAGCAACGGUGACGGCUACUACUACGCGCCCAAUCUCUACACGUGGCAGCGCCUAUCCGAGUCGUGGUGGGCCGUUGGCAGCCAGUACUGGAAUAGCAACGACAGCAGCGUCAGCGCGCUGCAGACCACUGCGGUGGGUCCCGUCACCGCCGCCGAUGUGGCCGCCAACGGGGCGCCGUCGAUUGCAAAGGACGCCAGCGCCGCCGAAACGACCUCCGCUACCGUCUCGUCCGGCAUCAUUCCCUUUUUGGAACGCCACACCACCAACGAGUUCCUGCUCAAGGGCCGCGCCUACACCCUGCAGCGCCUCAUCAAGACCCUGCUGGCGCGCGACGGCUUCGAGGGCUUCGAGGCCAGCGUCAGCAUCGCCCACCUCGAGAACCGCAUUGCCGGGGCCCUGCAGCUGGGCGCCCGCGACGAGUUCCGGCUGUACCUGUUCAUGUACGCCAAGCGACUGGGCACCGAAGGCCUGCGCGGCAAAGUGGAGGAGCUGCUCAACAGUCUGCUCGGCGGCGUCCUGCAGGAUCCGACAACGACCACCGCCGCCCUGUCAAAGACGGCGAGCACCAGCAAAGCCUUUGGCUGGGCCAGCCGGACGGGCGACCUGUGUGGCUGGGAUCGCAAAGAGCUGUUGAAAGGUGUCGUCAUGAUCUUAGGCAAAUUCCGUGAAUUGCAGCGCCUGACGGUGCAGUAUGCCCGCGUCCUCGAGCUCACCAACGACGGCGAUGAUGCUGCCGACGACGCUGGCGAGAGCAUGAUCGUUGAGGCGUGA